ACACAGUCUCUUUCUCUAUCUUCACAGCUUUCUCUCUCCACCGCUGAAAAAAGUAACGAUGAAGCAUUUGAUUCGCAGGCUUGCUCGAGUCGCCGACUCAUCUCAGUAUACACUCCUCAGAUCCGAUUCGCAGAGCCGUCGUUCUCGCCGAGUGCUCACCGCGGCAGGGAGGAGCCGGCGGAAUCGCUCGAGGACGGCGGCUGCGGCGUUGGAAGGGCACGUGCCGAUCUACGUAGGGGACGAGAUGAGGAGAUUCGAGGUGAACGCGGAGCUGCUGAACCACCCGAUCUUCGUUAAGCUUCUGAACAAAUCAGCUCAGGAGUACGGGUACGAGCAGAAAGGCGUGCUCCGAAUCCCCUGCCAUGUCUUCGUCUUCGAGCGUGUCCUCGAAGCUCUUCGUCUGGGACUCGACGACGCGCGUGACAUCCACGAUCUGCUUUCUUCCUCGUCUGAAGAGUUUUGCUAGGAACGGAUGAAGAAGGAAAAGUAAGUUGCAGAAAAUUAGGAGGGUGAUGAAGGUGAAUACAGUAUGUUAGUGGGAUCUUUUUUUCCCUGUAAAUAUACUUUACAAUCUUGAAAGAGGCACAGAAAAAUUUAGGUGUUUGUUAAGUUUCCGUUUUUCUUCUUGUUGCUCAGUGUAAAUGCGAAGAUAUAAUCACUUCGCUACUGGAAAAGCAACUAAGAAAUGAGAGUCUCUUGUCUGCUUUUUGCAUCCA